AUGAGUAAUAACAAGGACAACAACCCGAACCUCUUGGACAGGUUCAAGCAGGGACUUCAGCGUUUCGGGGAGCUUUUCAAAGACAACGAUUCCAAGGAGCGGGGUGACACGACCCCCUGCCCCGGUGCCAAUGGAACGAGCAUCGGCAGCUUCCAGCAGUUCAACCUGCUUUGUGGCCGCAACCUAGCGGGGGAUAUCAUUGACGAAAGCCAGCAGCCCAACUUCUUGGCCUGCAUCGAUCAUUGCGCCUCCUUCCACCCACGCUGCGAUUCCGUGUCUUUUGAUGGCAAAGACUGCCGGCUCAAGACGGGCACUGGAACUGCCGGAUCGCGCAGUUCGAGGAGGUUCGACUCGGCGUUGGGGAUCUUUGGGACCAUUCCGAGCGACUCGGGAUGCAACGCCCUCGGGGCCUCAACGACGCUGGGUUCUACCAAGUUUGACAUUUCGUGCGGCUUCGUGAUCAACGGUAACGAUCUGUUCCAGGAGCACAGGACCAACUUUAAUGACUGCCUCACCCUCUGCUCGCAGACCCAAUCCUGCGCUGCCAUCUCGUUCGAUGUGGAUAUGGAUCAGGGCUUUCAAAACUGCUAUCUCAAGCGAGCAGCCACGGGUGGUGGCCUUGUUCGCAUGGCCGGCAUGGAUAGCGCAGUCUCUUCGACGUCCUCCUCGACCUCAAUUUCGACAUCCUCCUCGUCAUUAACGUCAUCAUCUUCGACACCAUCUUUGGCUUCAACUUUCUCGUCUUCGACUCCUGUUGCAACAUCAGUCGCGCAAUCCAGUGCUGCGGCCACGCUCGCAUCUCUAGUGCUUGAGACCACGCCAACUGCUGCUGCCAGUCUUCCCACAACGACGCCUGUCGCCGCGGCCACCAGCACGACUGUCAUCACCAGCUUGGUAACUCAGACCUCCAUAUCGGAGGGAAAGACGAGUCUCUUGACAUCAUUCUUGACCUCCACGAAAGCCCUGACGAUCCCGCCUGCCAGCAAAACGCCUUCGGAGUACGACACCAAGGGAGUAGAGGGCAUCGCAGUUCAACAGUCCAGUGGCAGUUCCCCAGCAGUGAUCGCAGGCUCAGUAGUGGGUUCGCUCAUCGCCGUCCUCAUAAUAGCGGCCUUGGUCUUCGCUUUCUGGCGCAAAACGCGCAACCAGGAGGCCAUUGACGACGGUGAUCACACUGAAACUUCGGCCGGCCGAUUCGCACUCAUUUCUGCCUGGGUUCGGGGGCGGCUGCCGGAUAGGAGCUACGACGACAGAGACCAUGUGGGUGACAGCGCCGGCGGCGGUGUCGCGGCAUUCUUUGGCAAACUGCGGCGACUUGGCAGGUCAGGUGGCGAUGACGGGGAUAGUAGGGCCUAUAAUGAGAAGAUGCGCGCCACUGAGCAGGGCAUCGGGAGCAAUCGAAGCAGCAGUCAGGCCGGUUUGCGGCAAGAGCACUAUGGUGAUGGGGCUAGUCUCCGGAGUGGGGAUUAUAGUGAUGGGGCCAGUUUGCGGCAUGAGGACUAUGGUGACGGGGCCAGUUUCCGGAGUGGGAACUAUGGCGAUAUUGGGCCGGUGCCUCCGAUGCUACCGAUGCCGACUUAUGAUGCACGACGGAGCGGAUUUUUUGACCUUCGGGACAGCAUGAAUGGCCUGGCGCAGCAUAAGCCCGAGUUUGAACGGAAAAGAAGUAGCAGUGGCCAUGCGUUGCGGAAGAGCUUUUCCAUUUAG